AUGUCGGAGGCUCCAACUGCACCUGAUCCUGCGCCGGACAACAGGUUGUCUCGAACGCUGAAGCGCUACAAGGGAAAACUACGGCGCCGGCCUUCCAAGCCCAGAUGUAAAGUCUCAAAACGUCAUGUCAAGUUCGAACUAUUUUAUUCCCCAAGUGAAAGCAGCCAAAUGCUGAUGGCAGAGGAGUGCGAACAGAGGUACCCGGCCCUCAAGGCUAGGGACCAUUGCAGGGCCACCAACGGGGAUGCCAUUGCCCUGGCAAAUGUCUGCCUGCAGCGCUGUCUCGCUCAUCACACGCAGUAUGCAACACUGAGUCAUCGCUGGAGCGAAGAGACAAGCCAGAUCAGCCUGCUCCAACAUAACUUGCACGAAAGGCUUAGCACGGGGAUAGCCCUCUCUGCGCUGCCCAUAAUGUUCCGGGAUGUUGUUCACAUCCUGCGGCAAGUAGGGUUCAAAUAUGUAUGGAUUGACUGUCUCUGCAUGAUUCAAGAUUCUGACAACGACGAAGAUUGGCGGUAUGAAGCCACGCGGAUAGGAGCGGUCUAUCAAAACUCAACCCUGACCGUUCUCAUGGCGCAGUGA